GAUCUGGCAACUCUGGGCAGCAGCGUUCAUUCGUCGUCUCCCUGUCACACAAGCAUCGUCGUCGCCCCUACAUCAACACAACAACUUCCACACAAGCUGCUUGUAUAAUAGAGAAGAAGAGGAGUUUCCACUGAUCCCUCUCGAGGACAUUUGUCCCAGAACCCAUAACAUUCCCGCAGGAAACCACAUGCGCAACAUAAGAUGGCAGACGUGAGAGACAUUCUAGAGCUUGACAGGCCACCCACUCCAGAGGUGAGCAAAGAGGUCAUCCUUGGCCUGCGCAAGGAUGUGCCCAAAAAGAAGAAGGAGAAGGAGGUGAUGCGACGGCCUGAAGGAAUGCACAGGGAGCUAUAUGCCUUGCUUUACUCUGAUUCAAAUAAAGAUCUGCCUCCCUUAUUGCCAACUGAUAGCGGUCAAGGCUAUAAGAGUGUCAAAGCUAAGCUUGGCAUGAAGCGGGUUCGACCCUGGAAAUGGAUGCCAUUCACCAACCCUGCUCGGAAAGAUAAUGCCGUCCUGUACCACUGGCGCCGUGUGUGCGAUCAGGGCAAGGACUAUCCAUUUGCUAUGUUCAACAAGAAAGUGGAGUUGUUGACGUAUUCCGAUGCAGAGUACAGUGAACACUUAUUGUGUGAUGGCUGGACCAGGUCAGAGACAGAUACUUUGUUUGAACUAUGUCAUCGAUUUGACUUGCGAUGGCCUGUCAUCCACGACCGCUGGCCAUCGCAUCUCACCUCUCGUACAAUGGAGGAUCUUAAGGAGCGCUACUACAAUGUUACUAACAUACUCAAAAAGCUCAAUAACUUGUCAGGACCCGAGGGAAAGAUUGUCAAUUACGAUGCUGACCACGAACGGAGACGUAAACAGCAGCUCCUUAAACUCUGGGAUAGAACUCCAAAACAGAUUGAAGAGGAGCAGCAGCUGGUGAGUGAACUGCGUAAGAUUGAAGCUCGUAAAAAGGAAAGGGAGAAGAAGACGCAGGACCUCCAGAAACUGAUUAGUGCUGAUGCUGAUGCUCGCAAGAUCCCCAAGACAACUAAGAAGAAGAUACAGCAGACGAAAAUCACAAAAUUAGAUACAAUGCCUCCAAGCCUAGAGAGCUGCACAGGAAUUAAAUUCCCUGAUGUGAAGUCUUCAGGAGUCAGUUUAAGGUCACAACGCAUGAAACUUCCUGCAAGUGUCGGACAGAAGAAAGUUAAAGCCAUUGAGCAACUUCUGACCGAAUUGAAUUUAGAGACCAAUCCCAUGGCUGUUGAGGAAGUGUGUCAACACUUUAAUGACCUGCGCUCAGACCUGGUGCUCAUGUAUGACCUUCGCACCAUUUUGCUCAACUAUGUGUUUGAGUUGCAGACUCUCAAACACCAGUGUGAAAGUUUAAUGCCAGAUAAGGUUUUGGAAAUUCCCGAGUCACUGACUAUCAACACAGGUGAGGAGUCCCCAAGUCGUCCACGGGCCAUUUCCGAGAUGAUUGAUGCUGUAGCAACUCCUAACACACCUAAUAGGAAACGGAAAGCAGCCCUGGAGCAGAGCAAUGUUCUGAAAAAGAUAAAAGCACGGACCUAGUACUUGUGUUAGUUUUAAAGAUAUAUUGUAAAUUUAUUUGCAUAGCAGUUUAUCAUUAUUUUUGUGCUAUAGGAAUAAAAUCUAGACAAAAGAAUUAGGUAUCCCAUGUUUUCACAGAUGAUUUAUUUUCUUUCAAUGGUUUCCACACAAUAUCUUGAGAACAUCUCUGCGUAUUUACAUCUUAGCAUUUAUGUAUGCUGAUACAAGGAAGGUUUCUCUUAAAGUUGGGCAGUGUAACCCCUGGUGGCCAAUUUUAAAACACAUUAAUCAUUCAUCAGUGGGAUAGGGUUAUGAUCUUGGGUGAUAUCUUGACAACAGAUAGGCAAAAGUUCCAUGCAGAUGCUCAAAAUUUUUCCGAUGACAGAAAUACUCUGCUGCUAUCAAAAAAUGAUUUCAAUACUCUAAAUUAAUGUUCGGUGAAGUGUUGCACCUAGAGCUCCAUUUUGUUUAUUUAAGUAAUGUAUCUGAAGAGCAGGCUAAGAAAAUUGUUAAAGAUU